GUCUUUUAACUCAAAUUCAAGAUCUUGAAAAUAAGUUAAUUUUAACAAAUAAUUUAGAACAAAAAGUUCACAAUCUUAAAAUUCAAAAUAAUGAGCUUUUAAGAAAACUAAAAGCUAUAAAAACUUAA